AUGGGAACCCAGGGGGUAGCAUUCGAGGAGCCAUGGCCUCUACAAUUGUCCAACGAGGUUCUUGCAAGCUGCGUGGACAAAAGUGGAGACUGCGGGGAGGAUGAGCGAACUAACCAUGCCUUGCUCCAUUUCCAAUUUCAUCCACUGGGAAAUGCACCCAAACAUCCGGAUCCUCCCUCCCAUCGCCGCUUGUCAACAUGCGCCCAAGAAAGCGGCAGAGUCAGGGACUCGGCAGUCAGCGGGCUGAACAAGGAGUGGUCUGAAGACACCAAGCAGAGACAGAAGAGAAGAGCUCGUGUCCACUUCUCGCAGGCUCAGGUCUUCGAGCUGGAGACCCGUUUCAAGCAGCAGAUGUACCUGUCGGCCCCGGAGAGAGAGCACCUGGCCAGCCUGUUGAAGCUCACCUCAACCCAAGUCAAAAUCUGGUUUCAGAACCGACGCUACAAGUGCAAGAGGCAAAAGCAAGAUAAGUCACUGGAGCUAGCUGGUCACCCAGUGCCACCUCGCCGAGUCGCGGUGCCAGUCUUGGUCUGGGAUGGUAAACCUUUCCUCGGGAGCUCUCCGGCUAAUUGCACCCCUUACAACAUCACAGCCAACCCGUACCCAUACAAUCCAGCUGUCUACCACAGCGGUUACAUAGACCUUUCUCCCAACACCAGCUAUACCUGUAGCUUCACCAGGACAACCCCGGGGCCACCAGAGUGCACCACUCCCAGCAGCCUCAUGGGAGACUCUACCCAGUCAAGCAACACUCCAAGGAAUUCGAGCCUGGUAAAGGGGGAUUUCAAAUUCCCUUUCCAACACAUGGAUUGUAAACUGGAGAGAGAGAGAGCUUCAAGAGAGGUCCCAUUCUGACUUGCAAAUCAGAAGCCGGCGGGCGGGGAAACUCCGCUUGGCUUUCCAUUCCUAUAUUCUCUCCACGGAACCUCCACAUGCAAGUGGGUGAGGUCUGAGAUGGUGGAAAGCAGGCCGCAAGGGGAGAGCGCGAAGGAGACUGGGUCGAACGGGCAGGUGAUCUCGGAUGGCUGAAUUUCCCGAAUUUUCAC